AAACAUUGGAGCCAUGCCCAAGAUAAACACGUUAUUCAUGGGGGAAAGGGGAACAAUUGACAUAAAUUGACUAGCUGCAGAGAGUUGCUCAAUGACAGGAGGCAGGAAGAAAUGGUAAAAGAGGAAGGAAAACCUGAAGGGCCAAUGAUGGUGGAGACCCAAUGGUAGAGAUUGUCGCCUUUGGGCCCUGCAGAGCAAUCAGGCGGCGGAUCCAUGCUGAAUUCCGUUAUCUCUCUCUGUAUCCUCUUCCCCGACGUCGACACUGAUGUGGGCGACACCCAUGAAUUAUUCGCCGUCGCCGAUGAUGGUCCGCCGCCGCCGCCGCCUCCUCCUCCUCCCUGCGCAGAGACAUCACGGCCAGAAAUCCUAUACAUGCUUCGGACCAACAAGCAAUUUCGCGUGGAAUUCGAGGUACAGCUAGCAGCAAAGGAAAAUUACAACUGAACUGAGAACUCCCUGGCAAACAUUUUCAACUUGUAGCACCUUCAACCCGGAGAAAUCAGUGAGGAAUGCCCAUCUGACUGAAGUUCGAACUAGGGCUCCUCUCUUUUCUUGCCCAGAAGAAAAUGGUUUCCCAGUUCCCACCCAAUAAAAGAGAAAACUUUACAAAUUCUCCCUCUCGGCUUUGUCUUUUCCGCAGCUGCCGCCGAAUCCCACUUGCUCCACGCCGGGCUCUCUGGCUCCGGCUUAACAACGGGGAUAUCCGGCGCCGUUUCGGGAUAGGGUUGCCGCUGGGGAUGGGCAAAGCAUUGGGUCGAGCUGAAACGGCGUCGUACAAGGGCCGCGAAGGUAAAUUAGGACAUCUCGAAAUAUCAGAACCGAGCAGCAAGGGUUUCUUCUCAAGUGUCGUAAUUUAAGUGUGCGGCGACAGAGCACAAACCCAUCCAGAGCCUGGGAACGUAGAGAGAGAGAGAGAGAGAGAGAGAGAGCGCAGCAGUAGGGUUAAUGUGGUGAGGUUUCCUUGGCCGCAAGCUGAGAGAAAGAAAGAAAGGCAACGCGGGCUUGACGGAAGGGAGUAAGGUUAACGUAUAUUGGAGAUUCGCUACUGAUUUUGCCGACGGAAGCGAGCUGACAUUCGACCGGAAGAAGGGAAGAGAUACCAGUUAACGGAAGAGAGAGAGCGGUGACGCACGGAGGGUUCGACGAGGAGAAAUCAGAAGGGGUGAAGAUCGAGGAGCGCGCAAGAUUUCAGCUUUCAGAUUCUUGACGCCGGAAUUUUAGUUGGUAAUUUUCUCGCCCUUUUUAUUUCGAGUCUAGAGUGGGUUUGUUUGUGAUUCGGCAAUGCCUUCACGCAGGAUUUCUCCCGAGUUGUAUGGAGAUGUGCGGGCCAGGCAUCUCCCCCGUGCUUGAGAUGCUCGGGGCUCAAAGCCAGGAGUUUUUUCUUUUCUUCCUGUGAAGUUGUGAACUUUUAGGGUUUGCUCGCCUGGGGAGUUUGUUUGAGUAGUGAAAAUGAAUGUUUUAGAUUUUGGUGGUGGUUGAAAUUGAAGAUUAGGCUAGUUACCUCUGAGAAUUAGAAAUUGGUAUAUAAUCGAUAGACAUGUUUGUGAAUCUGUUGGUGGUUGCAAGUUGCUGUUUCGUGUUUGCUUGAGUAAAACUGCUCAAAAGCUGUCAUCGUUUUCUUUCCUUGUGAUGUGAUCUACUGGGGAUUGACUGCCUGCCGGCUGUAUCUUCCCCUAACAUGUUUGAUAUGUGUUGAUCAUCUGGUCUUAACCAGUGGAGAGACUACCUUCCUGUUGUAAGGAUGUGUUUCUUCUGCUUCUUAGAGUGGAACUGGAUUUCCACUUGCUUAUCCAGUGUUUUAUUUUUUAGAUAGGUUAGGGAGUAGUGGCUCCCUGGCUUUUAAUUUGUUUUGUGAUUGUUAAGUGGGGAGCAAGAGUGGAUAAACACAUUUAGUUUAGGAUUCAAUUGGUACAAUAUCACCAUGAAUGUCUGUGAGGGUUGAUAUUGCAGGUUUUGUUAUGCUAACCUGGGCGUCUGUUGGAAAUUUUCAGGUAAAAGCUUUGUGAAAUGCGAGGAAGGAGUUACAGUCCAUCGCCCCCAAGGAGCCACAGUAGGAGGAGGAGGAGUCCAAGUCCUAGGGGACGAUAUGGUGGUCGCGGAAGUGCAAGAGAUGAGCCUACUAGUCUUCUAGUUAGGAACCUUCGCCAUGAUUGCAGGUUGGUGAAAAGUUGUAGUGUUCUGAUCUUCGAGUUUUACUGCAAUUUCACACUUGAGAAACUUGGGGUAUGCAUCUCUUUCUAUUAUGCAGGCCAGAAGAUCUUCGCAGGCCCUUUGAACAGUUUGGUCCUUUGAAGGAUAUUUAUCUGCCCAAAGAUUAUUAUACUGGGUGAGAAUGUUUUUCUAAUUAUGGAAUUUAUUUUGGUCAAUGUUACGUCUUGGUUGUGGUUCUGUAGUGAUUACAGGUGUUCAGUGUUACAUGGUUAUUUUCUUUUCUUCCCCUCUUUGGCACUUUUAGUGGUACCAUUUCCUUUGUAGACCACUUGUAAGGAAACAUGCAGUAGUUUUAGAGCUUGAAUCUCUGGGAUGGUAAAAAUAACUGAAAAAAUUAAAACUUUUGUUUCUGUCAGAGUGAUGUUACUAUAAGACUUCGGUAAGUACUAAGUACAUGUCAUUGAGCAUCAUAGUUUCGUAAAAGAAUGGUUGAGUUCCUUAGUAAGUGCAAUUUUAAAAAGUUAAAUUUAUGACAGUUUAAUGUUACUACCUACUACUAUAUUAUUUUGGUAAGUGCAUGUCAUUAAGCACCAUAGUUUUAUAAAAGAAUGGUUGAAUU